UUUUCGCUUAUUUUUAUGUUUUUGUUGGACACUUCAAACUCCAACUCUUCAUCAUCACUUUGUUCAUCAUGUCUUUUUUUACGUUUUUGUUGCUUUUUAAACGCAUACCAGUCGCUUUUUCUAUGUGUCUCUGUGACUUUUUUCUGACGUUUUAGUCGCUAUUCUUCUCAUUAUUGACGCCUACACUUCCCAUAACGGACCUGGGGGGACUCGGGUUUCUCAGACUCUAGUCCUGCCGUCAGCAGCCAGGAUCAGAUCCCAUGUUCCUCCCUCGAUGUGGAUGACCGUAUCAUACCAACCCGUUGAUGAUAGGCCUAAUGUGUUGCAGCGUGUGGUCGGCUACUGGGAGGACUGGGAGCUUUAACCAAACACUACGAGAGAGAAUCUGAGACUGAAUCCAUUAUUACUGUCUGGGACCUUUCAGGAUUCUCACUGGGAAUACUGGGACUUCGUUUUAACGGAUUUUAGAAGUUGCUGCUUCUCUCACUUCCCAUAGGCUACUAAAAACAAACAAAUCUAACUUUUCGCAACUAUUCUAGUUGAUUCUAACAACAAGAUGAAUAUGCUACUACUGAGCCGUUUUCAAAAGUCGAUUGGAUGAGUUUCAGGGAGAAGAUGAUCUGCAGCAUCCUGCUGCUCAUCAUCCUGACCUCCUGUGUCUCUGGAACAAUAGUAGUGAAUGUGACCCAGACCUCCUAUCAGGCAGAGGAGAACCACCACAUCACACUGGAGUGGACCUUCACAACCAACCCUCACACUUCCUCCAACAAUCUUUUAAUCUUCUGUCAACUGUUAACUGAUCUCAGACACUCAGUCCUGUUUAAUCUCCAUAAAGGAGUUGAGGUCCCAGAGUCUCAGGAUGAACAGUUUGCAGGACGAGUCCAGUGGGACAAAGACGUCCUCAGAGAAGGACGACUCAGACUUCAUGUGUCCAGACUCAGGACAAAUGAUUCGGGACUGUACCUGUGUGAUGUGCUCACAAGGUAUGAGAGUAACUCUGGUAGAUGUUGGCUCAAUGUCACUGCAGCUGCUGAUGAGCCCAAACCUCAGAGACCAACAGUGAGACCAGAACCAGAGAGUCGGGGAAACAUCUGGAGCCUCUACGCUGGACUGGGAUCACCACCAGUGACAGCAGCAGUGGUAGCAGCAGUAGUGACAGCAGCUCUACUGGCUUGCGUUGCCAAACACCUCAUUUUGUUUGAGUUUGUAUGA